AUGGAUUCAAUAUCGGAACAGUCUCGGAACUCUUGGAUAAGGAAAGAUAAUCCAAAGCAUGUGUCUGAACGUCACAAGGACAUGUAUGAAGAUAUCCUGGAUGACCGAAGAUCAUCCAGUGAUCUCCGAUGGUCUACAAGAACCAGAGAAGAUGUGCCGACAUAUCGGUAUAACACUCCUCGAACACCAGUUGAUAUCAAAAAGCAUGUGUUGAAGAGUAAAAGAGUUCAGUAUGUGUUGGAGAAGUUGUCACAAGAAUCGGGGAAGUCCAUUGCUGAACUGACCACCGAAGCAGCCGUUAUCUUGGAUGAGAUGGGGCACAACAUCAACAUGGGAGCAAUUCGUGGAUUUGCUUUCUUUCUAGUCAAAAUAUUCAAGCAACUUUACAAUCAUAUUUAUGUCAAUGAAGAUGGUAUACAAAAGGUGAGAAAUUUGCUCAAGGACUAUCCUGUACUGUUAAUGCCCAGCCAUAGAAGUUACAUGGAUUUCCUUCUGAUCUCAUUUGUUUUCUUUCAUUAUGAUCUGCCACCCCCUGCAAUUGCUGCAGCUAUGGAUUUUAUGAGUAUGAACUUUUUUGGUUGGCUGCUGAGAAAUUCUGGUGCCUUCUACAUUCGCCGUACCUUUGGUGAUAAUGAACUCUAUUGGGCAGUAUUUACCGAAUAUGUCCAGACUCAAAUUUCCAACAGUGACCGACCAGUUGAAUUCUUCCCGGAAGGAACUAGGAGUCGAACAGCUAAAUCCUAUUGUCCAAAAUUUGGCAUGUUGUCUGCUGCCAUAGAAGUUUAUUUCAAAGCAAAUGUGUCUGACAUAAAGAUUAUACCCAUCAGUAUUAGUUACAGCAGAAUUCUAGAAGAGCAGUUGUACGCAUAUGAAUUACUUGGUGUGCCUAAGCCUAAAGAAUCAACCUAUGGUUUGUUCCAAGCAAGAGGUGUGUUAUUUAAUGAUUAUGGCAGUAUCCAUGUUCAUAUUGGAGAACCAAUCUCUGUUAGUAAUUAUUGUGAAGGUGUCAUAGAUCGUUCAUGUCACAACUUACUUCCAAGAUUUAUAGGAGGUUUGUCUUUUGAUGAGCAGAAUCUUGUCUCACAAAUGAGUAUUCAAGUUGUGCUGAACCAGCAGCGGCAUUUUGUUAUCAAUCCUUGGUCAAUGAUUGCAGCUGUGCUUAUGCAGAAUAAAGAUGGAAUCUCCGUUAAGCAACUUGUCAAAGAAGUGGAAUGGCUUAAACGACAGGCAUCAAAUCUUGGGGCAUACAUUGACUGGCCAGGACAUGAACCAGCUGAGACUGUUAUCCAGGAAAGCCUGAAAAUUCACAAGAACUUGGUCACUGUGAAUAGUAUGGACAUAGUGGAAAUGCGACAAGCAGAAAGGAAAGGAUCUGACAGUCUGAUGGACACAGCAGCUCACCACUUGAUGCUGGCCUCCUAUCGUAAUCAACUUAUGCAUGUCUUUGUCCGAGUGGCUUUGAUCACUCUACCUAUCAAUGCUUGUACUCAGGACACUCUCUCUUUAGAUGAUCUCUUUGAAAAAUACACCUUCUUGGAAAAACUACUUAGUCGAGACUUUAUCUUUCUUCCUGGUAACACAAGACAGGAUUUUGAACAGGCUUUAUUGGUAUUAACACACACCUGUGGAGUUGCAGUACAGGACAAAGCUGUUCAAAUAAAGACAUCCACUAACAAAUACACUGUCUUCUUCAGCCACAUGUUUGAACCCUUCUUGUUAGGAUACUGGGUGCUAUGCCAACAUUUGCUGUCCCUGCCAUCAAUUGCCCAUGACAAACCAAUGGCAAAACCUGCAAAAAUGAUCACAAAAGAAGCUCAAAUGGUUGUAGCUCGUUUGCUGCGUGAACAGCUCAUCAAGCACCCAGAAACCCUGUCUCUUGAUCUGCUCAACAAUGGAUUGAUGGCAUUAUGCAACAUAAAUGCAUUACACAAGGAAAAGAGGGAUGGAGCUGUUUACAUGGCACCAAACACAGUGGUACUAACAAAAGUAACUGAAAGUAUUGCUCAGCACAUUGAAGUUCCUACUAUGCCAAUGGCCAGCAUCAAUGUGGAUACCAAGACUGUAGUUGUUAAUGCUAAAUUAUAG